AUGGCAAACUUCACAUCCACUUAUGAUGUUCAUGCUGCAUACCUUUGCAAUACUAAUGCUCCUGGUAUCACUGGUCCCUUCUACAUCUUGAUCUUCAUCCUCAGUGUCAUAGGCAACAGUCUCCUCUUAUGUGUUCUUUUCAUCUACGAGAACCUGAAAAAUGUCACAAAUAUUUUCAUCCUGAACCUGGCCUGCUCUGAUUUGAUCUUCACCAUCACACUUCCAUUCUGGGCUGUUGAUCAUCUACACCACUGGGUCUUUGAGGACUUUGUCUGCAAAUUUGUGACUGCUGCAUAUCUUGUUGGUUUGUACAGCAGUGUCAUUCUGCUGACUGCCAUGACAGUGGAUCGUUUUAUUGCUGUGGUGCUGCACAAGUUAAAGAUCAACCAUGCUAAAAGGAAAAAGUAUGCAAUUUGUUCCUGUGUAGCUGCCUGGGUCAUCAGCAUCUCAGCGUCCCUGAGUGAUGCUAUGAAAGUAAAGGUUGAAAACUGGGAUGGUUUUAACUAUUGCUAUGAUGAAUCUGAAGACAAGCUUCGACGUUAUCUCCAAGUGUCACUGCUAUUCUUCCUCCCAUUUGCCAUCAUUAUUUUCUGCUAUUCUGCCAUCCUCAAGACAGUUUUGCAAGGUUUAAACAGAAAGAAGUUCAGGACUGUAGCUGUGCUGUUGUGUAUUGUUGCAGCCUUCUUCAUUUGCUGGGGGCCAUACCAUAUUUGGCUUUUAAUCACCUCUUUCUAUAUACCCAAAGAUUGUAAGGCACAGGAAUGGUUGCAUAUCACUUACCACAUUUGUGAAAAACUUACUUAUUCUCAUUGCUGUGUAAACCCUCUGCUGUGUAUGCUCUCACAGAAGUUGCGAAAGCAUCUGUUGAAUCUUUUGCGCUGUGAAAAUGUGUGCAGGAAGAACAGAGAGACAGACACUGGUCAGACUGUAGGUUUCACUGCCCAGAGAUCUGCUGUUCAGUUGGAACUGCACAACUUUCCGUUAAACAGCCACUUGUUAAAUUAAACGUUGAUUCAUUCUGUAAAUACUUUCAUACAAUACAGUUUGCAUUUAUUA